AUGUCACCCAUCGGAAUCCUUGGGGGACUCUUCCUUCUCUUAGCUAUUUACUGUGGAGUUGACCCUUUUAAGCACAGCCCAAUUUCCGACUUCCCGGACUUCGAGGCCUACAAGGUGGACAUGGCUCCAUGGUCCGAUGUGCCAGUGGAAAGGGACAGUGAAAAUCUUUUACAAAAGUCGGAAAUUAAGUUUCUGAACCAGGUCCAAGGGCCCGAAAGCAUGGUCUUUGAUCCUCAAGGCCGUGGACCUUACACCGGGGUUGCUGAUGGUAGGAUUGUGUUCUGGAAUGGUGAGAAAUGGACUGAUUUCGCGUAUACUUCAGCCAAUCGCAAAUGCCCUGGUGAUCUCAGAAGGUGGAAGCUUGAAAAUCUCGGCAGCCACCAACCUGGGUCAGAAAUUUGUGCCCCGAAACCAUCUGCUUUGAGUUACUUGAAAAAUGAGCACAUAUGUGGCAGGCCUUUGGGACUUCGAUUUGAAAAGAAAACAGGUGAUUUGUACAUUGCAGAUGCUUAUUUUGGGUUGAUGAAGGUUGGGUCUGAAGGUGGAUUAGCAACAUCAUUGGCAACUGAAGCUGAAGGGGUGCCUCUGAGGUUCACCAACGACCUGGAUAUCGAUGAAGAAGGGAAUAUAUACUUUACAGAUAGCAGCACCAAAUAUCAAAGGAGGAAUUUUAUGCAGUUAGUUUUCGCCGCAGAAGACAGUGGGAGGGUCCUGAAAUAUAAUCCAAAUACAAAAGAAACCACAGUCCUUGUUCGGGGUCUCCAAUUUUCUAAUGGUGUGUCACUUAGCAAGGAUGGUUCAUUCUUUGUGUUCUGUGAAGGAUCCAUUGGCAGGUGA